GUGCCAAUUAACAUAAUGGUUUGUUGUGCAGUUAAUGUUACGCAAGCUACCAUAGCUUUUCCAACUACCGCUGCCCCUCCUCGUCAAUCAACUGAAGCCUCAACUGCAACUACAACGGCAACUGAAACGAAAAUUGUGAGAGAAAUUACAGAGAGUCCUUCCGAUAAUUUACUGCUCACAUUGAAACCUGCACUGAAAUUUCCGGUUUUUCCUAGCGCUAGUCCAAUCUCCAUGCCCUUUCUUGCCGGAGACUCUUACCUUCAAUUACCAAGACUGGAGGCGAAAAGUCGACUCGAAGUUGAGAUCGAAAUCCGACCCUUGGCAAAUGAUGGAAUUAUCCUUUACAAUGGACAGAAGGCUACAGGAAGAGGGGAUUAUGUCUCUCUUGCCAUCAAAGAUGGAUAUGUCGAAUUUAAGUAUGAUUUGGGAAGUGGUGAAGCGUUUAUAAAGUCAUCCGAAAGACUUCAUCUCGGGCGAUUUCAUCGAAUUACAGCCAAUCGAUACCAGAGAGACGGAAUUUUAAUAGUUGACGGUCAUGAUGAAAAUGUCGGUGAAAGCAGGGGAGCGAAGAGUUUCUUAGAUCUGAAUGAAAAUUUAUACAUAGGCUAUGUUCCUGGAAAUGUCAGAUUAAUUUAUGAUAAUAUUGGAACAACGCAUGGUUUUCAUGGUUGCAUCCGUUAUCUGAAAAUUGGGGGAAAUUUUAUGGAUUUGAGAUUCCCUGGAACUAGAGUCUUACAUGCCGAAAAUAUAGAACGAUGUAGUGACGACAGUUGCUCAAGCAUGCCUUGUCUUAAUGGUGCUUCCUGCAUAUUGUCAGAUGAACACAUGUACUUAUGUAAUUGUGCACCUAAUUUUUCAGGACGUCACUGCGAGUUCCAAUUAGAUCCCUGUGCUUCUGAUCCCUGUGCCUAUGGGGGAACUUGUAUAUCUUUACAGGGGAACAAAUAUUCUUGUCUGUGUCCCGCUGGUAGCACUGGUGAUAAUUGCGAAAUCGAAACUUCAAAUACCGAUGAAUCGGGAGUAGUAUUAGAUUUCUAUGGAGACAGUUACUUGGAAUUCCCAACCCUGAAGCGCUCAGCCCAUACCUUGAGUGUCGAAAUAUGGUUCCUAACUAGAACAAAUAAUGGUCUGCUUCUUUACAAUGGACAAAAGCCCAGAGGAAUCGGAGAUUUUGUGGCUUUGACAAUAAUAAAUGGAUUCUUGCAUUUCACUUACAAUCUUGGAAGCGGCAAAGCAGAUAUUUCAUCUCUUGAACCAGUUAGUUUGGGUGUGUGGCACUCUGUACGAAUAUCAAGAUUAAGAGAAAAAGGAAUGUUGCAAGUUGAUCAUGGCCCAGCGAUUGAGGGGGAGUCAAAGGGAGCUUCGUACGAAUUGAAUCUUGGUCAACCAUUCUACGUUGGUGGUGUUCCAGACUUCAUUCCCCUGAAAUACACAUUGGUGGUGCAAGAAGGUCUCAAUGGAGCGAUUCAAAGAAUAAUCGUCAAUGAUGAGGUAUGGGAUGACGUACUUGGUUUGGCAACUGGUCAAAGAAACAUCGAAUUCUAUUCAGGUCCGCCAUGUCUUCCUAAUCUUUGCCAAAAUGGCGGCCAUUGCAUUCCUAAUCUGAAUGAUUUUAGGUGCCAAUGUUCAAAAGGAUAUGGAGGGAAAGUAUGCAAUGAAACUGAAGAAUCUACAGAAAUGAGUGAUGUUUACCUAAAUCCCCCAGUCAGAUUUGAAGGAUCCACUUUUAUGCAAUUUUCAGAGGGCAUCAAAGGGAUGAAAUUCUCUAAAACAAAAGAAAACAUAAUAGAAAUAGUUUUUCGUACCUCACACAAGAGCGGACUAAUUCUUUGGAUGAAUAAAGGGACGAAUGUGAGAGGAGAUUAUUUGGCCAUUGCUUUAAAUAACGGAUACGUCCAACUUAGUUACAAUUUAGGAAAAGAAAUCAAGCCACUCAUCUUGGAGAGUCCAGUCCUAAUUGAUGAUAAUUACUGGCAUACAAUAACAGUCAAAAGGAAUAAAAGACUUGCUCAUCUUAUAGUUGACAAUUUUCCAAUUGUUUCGAAAACAUCAGAACCAGGGGCAACAGAAUUAAACACGGAUGGAAUUCUAUGGAUAGGUGGUUCGUCAAAUGUGCCUUCCGGUUUACCGGAUGCAUAUUACCACGGUUUCCAUGGGUGCAUCUCUUCAGUUACAGUUGACAGUGAAUCUCUGAACCUAUCAGCAGGUUUUUUCAAAUACUGCCACCCCUCUUGACAACCGGAAACGAAAGUAUAUCUACCUCCCAACACUUCCGAGUAAUCUGCAGAGUCUGCAGUAACAUAACAGAGCACAAGAAGUAAAAAAAAAAAAAAAUUAAACUUCGAAUGAAACGUGCCGCCCAGAUAUGCAAAUUGUUCUGCUUCCAAAAACAUUUCUGUAUGUUUUAUGUGUGUAUGUGUCAUUUUAUGUGUGAUAUAUAAGAUUGUUGAUAUACAACGUUGAUAUUUAGCGUCUCACUCUAUGUGGAAAGACCAGUGUGGAUGUUAUUUAGGUUACCAGCAGAAGAUAUUCAAAGUUUCAAAAAGGUGUUUAGGCUAUAUAUCAGAGAAAGAGGAUGUAUAAAAUUGUUUCCUAUGAGCUAGUCAAGUUGAAUGUAAAAAAUAAAUCCAUACUGCUCUAUUUUCAGAGCUCUCAAAACGGGACAGUAUCAUAUCAAUGAAACCAUAAGAGCUAUUAUAUGAUGGUUGUUAUCUUAAGCUAUUUGCCAAAGCUAACAUACAUAUCUAUCAAUCAAUGAAAGAUAUUAAUAUAUAUUUUUACGUUAUAUCCGAUUGUACAACUUAAUAUACAUGUUACCGUGAAUGACAGAAAUCAAGAGAAUGUCGACUUUCAAUCAACAAUCACAUAGUCGCUUUGGUGAAUGUCCGAAAUAUUUAUUAUAUCCGAUUUGAUAUUAAUUUAUUGGUUUAUGUUAUUGUAUUUAUUCGAUAUUUUAAUAUCGGCUGAGGAUACAUCAGGAGAAAACGGUUAACCGGAGGAGCACCGGUUAGAUGCAUACCGGGCAGCGGCACUGAACCUUGCAAAAAAACAUUGAUGUAAGGUAUACUGACAAAUAUAUGAACUUAACUAGACCGAACAGUGGCACUUAACUAGACCUAGUAUAUAUUACCAAAGCGGACUAUGUGAUUGUCAACAUUCACCGGUGGAAGUCAACAACCACCCAUUUCUGUCAUUCACAGUAACAUAACCAUAUUAAAAUUAACGUCAAUGUUUCGUUUAUUACACUGAAGUGAACAUAUCAUUUAUGACAAAAAGAUAUCUAUAAGCAAUAAGAAAAUUGAAAUUUAAUACACAUGAAUUUACAUAAAUUUAAUACUUAACAUGAUUGAUUUAUUAAUUAAAUUGAAGAUGAUAUAUUAUUUAUGGCAAAAAUUUAUUAUCCACAUGCAAUAAAAGACAAAAAUAUAACUUUUUCCAAUCAAAAGUCUUCCUGUUUUGUCCUUAUGAAAAGUAAAAUAGGGUGAUUUUGUACGUAAGCAAUUAAAAAAAGUAACCUUCUAAAACAUGGUAUGGUAUUCCUAUGUAAAAUGUAUCUAUUUAUUGGUAAACAAAUAAUAAAACAAAUUGUUAAAAUUUCCAAAAUUUAUUAUAAAUAAUUCAAUCGUUUGUUUGCAGGAAAAGUAGUCCUUAUAAUAAUAGAAUUUUGUUGUUAAUGGAAAAUAAUUUCCAUGUAAAAUAUUGCAGAAUAAUCAUUACAAUAAUAACGUUAGAAUAUGCAAAUUUUAAAAGAAAUAAGCCAAUGUUUAAUUGACUAAAAAGGUAUUUUUUCAUCACAUCUAUCUUUGUAGGUUGUUUUGUUAUUUAAAUACACAGCAUAAAAUUAUUUAAACAAGCGGAUUAUUUAAACGUUGACUUUUAUAAAAACUUAGGUUUUUUGCGAUUUUGUUUGCAACUUAAUUCCGAGAACUUCGAAAGAAAUGAAUACUAUCCAGCUUGUUUUUUUCCUUUUCCAUAUUAAUAUUCUCAGACGCAUGCGUGACUUAUCAAACAAUACAUUUUAAAAUUAAAACUUUUUGAGAAGUUUGUUUUAGGCAUUAUUACUUACUAUCCAAAAAAAGACAUUUUAUGGGUUAUUUCGACUUCAAUACUUGAUUACGAUGGGAAUUUAGCUCAGGCAUUUGAUAAAAUUGGUUAUAUCCGUCAGAAUAUUGAGUGCAAUUUGUUGUUAUGAUUGACUAGUAUAAGUUGAAAAAAGAAAAUUUCGUCAUAUAUUUUUAUGUAUUUUUCACUAAAAAUGUUUUUAAAUUAAAAACUACAUUUAUCGUUCAACAAUAUUGGGUACCUGCGUUUGCAUUUUUAUGUAUAUACUUCGUACUUUUAAUUAGAAAUUGAACUUUUAAAAAUAAACUGUACUCUAAAAAGAAUAAAUUGCUAUUAAUGUUAAUUAUAAAACAGCCACACGUUUUAUAUUUUUUAUUAGGACAGAACGAUUUUAAGGAAGGACUUGAAGUCUAAUUAAAGCAAAAAUUAAGCAUAAUCAUUUUUUAGAAAAAUAUUUUGUCAUUUAAAUAUAUAAGUAACAUAAACAUAUCACAUAAGGUUAAGAGUUAAAAAUCUAAGAUUAUGUAUUUAGUUUCUAUUAACAGUUUAAGUUAAUUGUUGUUUAAUUUUUUAUUAUAAACGAUCACCUACUGCAUUUAUAUCAGCUUAAAAAAGUAAGUUACAGAACAGCAAUAAAUAUAUUUAUGUUUUUUCAUUGAUUCCAUGAAACAUCCAACAAGUUAUUCUCUGAAAUAGCAUUAUCUAUCUUUACUGUUUCCAUGGCAAAAUCUUAAUUGUUUACGUUUAAAUUGUUUACGUUGUUAAUAUCUAUCAAUAUCAAUAUAUAAAAGGUGUUUCAUUAAUAGAGGUACCGUUAGCCGCGCUUUGUAACCGUUUCAUAUAAUUUACUUUUGAUGAUUUUAAAGAACAAUAAAUUUGAUGAGGUUAAGUAAAAAAAAGAAAAGCGUAAUCGCAGUUGUAAAAUGAAAUUAAUUCGACUUUUGACAUGUUUAAAGCAUAUCUAAUAAAAUACAAAACAUUAAAAUAAUGAGAAAAUUAUUUUUUUGAUUCUCUUUUAUUUAAAAAUAUUAAUUAAAAAUGAAGAUAAAUAAACAUCUCUAAGUUUUGUCAGAACUCUUUCAGAACUUUUUCACAAUUUUUAGUGUUUGUUUUGAGAUUUGUCAUUAAAAUCUAACUUAUCUUAUUUGGUUAAUACAGUUCCCGAAAUUUGUAUCUACUUAUUUUAUUUUAAAUUUAAUAUUACGCAUGACAAUAAAGAUUUUUGGCUUAAUAUAUUAGAUUAUUCAAAAAAUGAUGUUAUGUUCUACUUUU